UCUUUCUCUUUCUCAAUUUCACAGAUACUCUCUGUCUUUGCUUGUUCAACUCCCCAAAACCCCAAAACAAAGAAAAAGAAAAAAUUGAAAAAAAAUAUAUAUAGAGAGAUAAUGAUUCUCACGUCCCACAUUGUUCAAACCCUUUUGCUUUAGUCCAACUCCAACCCAAAUCUCCUUCUGAAAAAUCUUCUUUCUUUUCAAUCUUUCUGUCUCUCUCAAACCUCUCAGAAUCUUUGUAUAUUUCUUUUUUAGUGUAAUAAUUUUUUUUUUCUUGUUUCUCAAAGCAAGAAAGCGAUUUUUUUAUUAGUGGGUGUUUUUUAUAAUUCAAGAAAAAGGUUGUUUUCAUUGCCAACCAUGACUGAGGUCCUCAAUCCCAACCAUUCGCCAACCCAUUUCUCUUCUUCUUCUUCUUCUCCUACAAGAGUUUCUUCCUCGUCUUCUUCCUCUUCUUUUUCUCCUUUAUCAUUUGCAAAGCAACCUCAGAAUGAGGACAACAAUAACAACAACAACAACAUUAACAACAACAACAACUACAACCUUUGUGAAUGUGAGUCAUUCUCUUCGCAUGUAGCAGAGGACGGAGAUUCUAUAGUGUCGGUGUUUGAGGAAGAAGAAGAAGAGGAAGAGGAAGAGGAAGAAGAGUGUGAGAGUCAGACAAGAGAUCAGCUUUCUUUGUUGGCAUUGCUGGUGGCCCUUUUCAGAAAAUCGUUGAUUGCUUGCAAGAGUGAUAGAAGGGAGCUUUGUGCUAUGGAGAUCGGGUGGCCCACUAAUGUGCGCCAUGUGGCGCAUGUUACCUUUGAUAGGUUCAAUGGCUUCUUGGGUUUGCCUGUGGAGUUUGAACCUGAGGUACCCAGAAGGCCUCCCAGUGCAAGUACUACCGUCUUUGGAGUUUCCACAGAAUCCAUGCAAUUGUCGUAUGACUCUCGAGGGAAUAGCGUGCCAACAAUUCUCUUGCUAAUGCAAAAACACUUGUAUGCUCUCGGAGGCUUGCAGGCAGAAGGGGUUUUCAGAAUUGCUGCAGACAACAGUCAAGAGGAGUAUGUCAGGGACCAAUUGAACACAGGAGUGGUACCAGAAGGCAUUGAUGUACAUUGUUUGGCAGGGCUUAUCAAGGCUUGGUUUAGGGAACUCCCAACUGGGGUUCUGGAUCCUUUAUCACCUGAGCAGGUAAUGCAAUGCCAGACAGAAGAGGAUUAUGUUGAACUUGUGAGGCGUCUACCCCCAACUGAAGGUGCUCUAUUGGAUUGGGCCAUCAACCUGAUGACUGAUGUUGUUCAACAGGAACAUCUGAACAAGAUGGAUGCACGCAACAUUGCUAUGGUUUUUGCACCAAACAUGACUCAGAUGGCAGAUCCUUUGACUGCCUUGAUGUAUGCAGUCCAAGUGAUGAACUUCCUCAAGACCCUAAUCUUAAAAACACUCCGAGAAAGAAAAGAUUCUGCAGUGAAGCUUUACUCUGCUUCCUGUUUAGAGCCUUCUGAUGAGAAUGGACACCAGAGCCCUUCCCAAACCUGCUUGGAAGAUACUGCCCUAGAAAAUGAAGAGCCAGAGCAAGCAUUUGUUGCUGAAGAACCUGUUCCAGAAAUUUUCUUUGACACUAAUGAAAACAAUGAUCUUGCUAGUGGAGAAGCAGGCAGUCCAUUGACAUCUUCUGAGAAACUAAAUUCUGAUGAGCGUGGUUCUUGUGGGACUCUGAUUGGAGUUGACACUUACAUUAGCAAAAUAGAGGCCGGUGAAGUUGAUGGUGAAAUAGCUGGAAUUCAAGGUACUACUGAAAAGAGCAGGACUGGUCAAUCAAGUAAUUCAAAUUUCAAAUGGGGGCCAACUAAAAAAUGUGUUCAGCAACCUCUAGUUCCAGAAACAGGGCCAGUUGACAAGACUAAGGGAAUCAGCAAUCUGAGUCGCAUAGAUUCAAGGAUAGAGCGGAUCGAAGCCUGGAGGUGAAGGAAAGCUCAAGAGCAGUUGGGCCUAAUUCAUUGUAUGAUACUGUAUUUUAAAUGUAAGUUUGUUUGAUUUGGAAGUUGAAGAAAAGUUUGUGAAUUGUUCGUGUAUAUUGUCUCUGCUGCUUGGUGAUUUGCUUAACCUGAUCUGAUUUCAUGGAUGACCCUUCUGUAGAAUCUUGCUAACAUUGUUACUGGAGUUCCAUUGAUGUGAUUUCCUGUGUUUGCUUUUCAA